CAAACUUGGUUUAUUUUAAAUACACCAAAAAAGAUGAUAAUACGCCAAAAUGCCAUUCUCUCUUUGUUAGCAAAGUGCCGAAGCAUGAGUGAGUUGAAGAAACUGCAUGGGCUAAUAAUCACAACCCCAACUAUUAAUAAAAGCAUAAUCCCUUUGAGCAAGCUCAUUGACUUCUGUAUAGAUUCACAAUUUGGGGACAUCGAUUAUGCACACUUAGUUUUUCGCCGAAUUGAUUCCCCCAGCGUUUACAUUUGGAACUCCAUGAUUAAAGGCUAUGCCAAUGGUUACAAUCCAAGAGUGUCUAUGAUUCUUUAUAGACAAAUGAUGCAGACAGGGUACUCACCAGAUCACUUCACAUUCCCUUUUGUGCUCAAAGCAAGUUCCCUGCUUUAUGAUCAAGAUUGUGGAAGAUGCAUCCAUAACUGCAUAGUGAAAUCUGGGUUUGAAGCAGAUGCAUAUGCAGCCACUGGGUUGCUCCAAAUGUAUGUGUCUUGUGCAGAUAUGACUUCUGCGCUCAAGGUGUUUGAUAAUAUUCCCAAGUGGAAUGUGGUUGCUUGGACUUGCUUGAUUGCUGGGUACGUAGACAAUAAUCAGCCAUACGAAGCUUUGGAGGUGUUUAAGGACAUGGAUCAUUGGGGUGUAGAGCCAAAUGAAAUCACCAUGGUUAAGGUUAUGAUAGCUUGCGCACGGAGUAGAGACAUAGGUACGGGGAGAUGGGUCCACGAGCGCAUUCGUAAGGCCGGUUAUGAUCCCUUCCUCUCAUCAUCAAGUAGCAAUAUCAUUCUUGCAACUGCAAUUCUUGAGAUGUAUGCUAAAUGUGGUAGCUUCAAGACUGCAAGAGAUUUAUUCAAUAAAAUGCCUCAAAGAAACACUGUUGCUUGGAACAGUAUGAUUAACGCUUACAAUCAAUAUGAGCGACAUGAGGAGGCACUAGAUCUCUUCUUUGAUAUGUUGGUAUCCGGCCUUAAUCCAGAUAAGGCCACCUUUCUAAGUGUUCUGAGUGUCUGUGCUCACUUGUGUGCUUUGGCACUGGGACAAACUCUUCAUGCUUAUCUUUUGAAGAGCAACAUUGCAGAAGACAUUGAAAUGGCAACUGCCCUUCUCCACAUGUAUGCCAAGACCGGUGUGUUGAUUAGCGCGCAGAAGAUUUUUUAUAGUCUGCAAAAGAAAGACGUGGUGGUUUGGAGUAGCAUGAUUAACGGUUUAGCCAUGCAUGGUAAUGGAAAUGAAGCACUGAGAAUGUUUCAAAUGAUGCAAGAGGAUGAUUCGGUUCUCCCUGAUCAUAUUACUUACAUUGGAGUUUUAUUCGCAUGUAGUCAUGUUGGGUUGGUUGAAGAGGCUAAAAAACAUUUCAAUCUGAUGACAGAAAGAUAUGGUAUAAUGCCGGAAAGUGAGCAUUAUGGUUGCAUGGUUGAUCUUUUGAGUCGCGCAGGUCAUUUCAGAGAGGCAGAAAAAUUGGUGGAAACCAUGGCGGAACAACCAAACAUAGCCAUAUGGGGUGCUCUUCUAAAUGGCUGCCUGAUUCAUGAAAAUGUCUCUCUUGCCAAUCAAGUGAAAAUGCAACUUACAGAGCUGGAACCUGCUGAUUGGAGUGGAGUUCAUGUUCUUCUAUCUAAUAUAUAUGCCAGGGCUGGUAGAUGGGAAGAGGUUAACAUGACUAGAAAAGUGAUGAAGCAUAGAAGGAUCACAAAGACAAUUGGUCAUAGUUCAGUUGAAAUGAAGUUGAUAAGCUAAUGAUCAUCGUAGGGUUCAUCUCUUGUAUCAGAUUACAGAGUAACUCCUUUACUUUCACCAGUGAAGGUUAGUAGGUUACUAUUAACGGAUCGGAAGCCAAAUAUAGUUCAACAAUAUAAGUGUGCAAAAUUAAUGUAUUGUAUCCAAUUGUUUUUAUUUAUUGUUGCCUACUCGAUCUCUUGACAUUUUUUUGCCCUUCUUGUUAUGUAGCUAAAGAAAAGAAUAAAUAGAAA